AACUCAAUUUUGGAGUCAAAGCUAUUUUUAUGAGAAUUUGAUUGUGCUUUGUUUGAAGAAAAGGCACCAUGUCGUUAUUUCGGGCAGUCCGGACCCCACUCUCUACUUCCUCUCUUUUAUGUCAAGGUCUCCGGAGUGUGACUGGCUUUGGCGCAGGAGAUGCUGCCGACCAUAAAGUCGUGCCAGUUGAGGAAGCACGAAGGUUUGCAGAGGAAUGCCUCAAGUCGGUGGGGGCAAAGGAAACUCACGCGAGCCAGAUGGCGGAGUUGCUGGUGUCCGCGGAUUCCAGAGGGCAUUACAGCCACGGCAUGAACCGACUUGAAAUGUAUGUACGCGACAUCCAACAGGGCUCGACGAGGGUGGAUGCUGAGCCAGAAUUGGAGCGCUCCACGUCAUCCACGGCGCUCGUAAACGGCAACCAGUGUCUCGGUGCGACUGUUGGCCAGUUUAGCAUGGACUUGGCUAUUCAGAAGGCCAAAGAGUCCGGUGUCGGCUGGGUCGCUGCCCAUGGCUCAAACCACUAUGGUAUUGCUGGUUGGUACGCUCUCCGCGCUUGUGACCAAGGGCUAAUGGGUCUCUCUUUUACAAACACUUCGCCAUUGCAAGUACCCACGCGCGGCCGUGAAUGUGUGCUUGGAACGAAUCCCAUUGCUUUGGCUGCACCCGGAAACAAUGGCGACAGCUUCGUCCUGGACAUGGCAACAAGUACAACAGCCAUCGGCAAGGUGGAGCUGUGUAAACGCAAAGACAGCAAGAUCCCGAAUGGCUGGGGUGUGGCGGAAAAUGGGCAGGAAACAAACGACCCGAACCAAGUGCUUGGCAAGGGCGGGCUGAUGCCGCUAGGUGGCACGGAAGUGUCUGGCGGUUAUAAGGGCUACGGAUUGGCCAUGAUGGUGGAGGUGUUCUGCGGCAUCUUGUCUGGCUCUCAUUACGGUACUGGCAUUCGCAAGUGGAUUGGGCAACACGACGUUCCAGCCAAUCUUGGCCAAUGCUUCAUCGCCGUCGAUCCCAACUGCUUUGCCCCCGGAUUCGCGGACAGAAUGCAAGCACUGAUGUCGUACUGCCGGGACAUGGAGCCGGCUGAAGGUGCGGAGAAUGUUAUGGUUGCUGGGGACCCCGAGCGUCACCAUUUGAAGGAAGUGGAGCGGCUAGGCGGUGUCAGCUACCAUGACAACCUCGUUUCAGCCAUGGCCAAGCUGUCUGCGGAAUUGAGCGUGCCAGCUAUGCAGCCGAAAGCAUAAAUGAAACAAAGCACUUGCAACCAGUCGGGACACUGUCGCGUCCACUCGCCUUAGGACAUGUCUGAAGUACGUCGCUCAAAGUUUUUUCUUUUCUUUAACAUUAACAAGGCACCGUCUGACAAGCUUUUCCCUGACUGGCCUUUGGGAAUAUUUUUAAAUCUACUUCACAAAGUACAAUGUACCGGACCCCCUUUUUUCUACCGGAUUUACACUAGAAGAACAUUAAGAAAUUUGAUUUACUUUGCUGUGCUUGUUUGUACCUAGUCAGUAGUCUGUUGUCGACGAUGUUACACUGGAAUCAUAAUGCUAGUAACCGUUAGGGCCCCUCGGUUUUGAAAUUACUCUGUUGCAGUGAUGUGUGAGUUCAACGCCAACUACUUGUAAUUACUUGCUGGACUCUUCAUAUUUUGACUCGGUAUCGCUUGGCACUGGACGAUUUUCAUUGUCGUGGGGCGGAAAGCCCUCAGCAAGUCGAAUAAAAGAAAUAUCACCUUCG